UCUGGAACGCUCAGACGCCGCGCGGGGCGGGGAUUGGUCCGCGUUCCUCCGUCGGUUCCUUGUCGUUCCCGGUCGGCGUUCCCUGCACACCUGCGCUCUCCGCCCGUCCGGCAAUUCUCUGCGACGCUCCCGCUCGCCUCCCGGUUCUAGGGCCGGGAGAAAGGCUGAGCCGUCGCGUCUCAGGCCCCCGACGGGACCCCACUUCUCGCUGCUGAGCAGUCGCAGGACGAAAUGAGCACGGACGCGGCAGCCGGGGCUCCCCUGCCCCGGCUCUGCUGCCUGGAGAAAGGUCCGAAUGGCUACGGCUUCCAUCUGCACGGGGAGAAAGGCAAGGCGGGCCAGUUUAUCCGGCUGGUGGAGCCCGGCUCGCCGGCUGAGAAAGCUGGGCUGCUGGCCGGGGACCGGCUGGUGGAAGUGAACGGCGAGAAUGUCGAGAAGGAAACCCACCAGCAGGUGGUGAGCCGCAUCCGCGCCGCGCUCAACGCGGUGCGCCUGCUGGUGGUGGACCCCGAGACUGACGAGCAGCUGAAAAAGCUAGGGGUCCAGGUCGGGGAGGAGCUGCUGCGCGCCCAGGAAGGACCAGGACAGGCCGAGUCGCCGGCCGCCACCGAGGGGAAGGGGACUGGCGCCGAAAACGAACCGCGUGAGGCCGAGAAGACCCAUCCGGAGCGGCGUGAGCUCCGGCCUCGGCUCUGUACCAUGAAGAAGGGUGCCAACGGCUAUGGUUUCAACCUGCACAGUGACAAAUCCAAGCCAGGCCAAUUCAUCCGGGCAGUGGACCCAGACUCUCCAGCCGAGGCCUCUGGACUCCGGGCCCAGGACCGCAUUGUGGAGGUGAAUGGGGUCUGCAUGGAGGGCAAGCAACAUGGGGACGUGGUGGCUGCCAUCAAGGCUGGAGGGGACGAGACCAAGCUGCUCGUGGUAGACAAGGACACUGAUGAGUUCUUCAAAAAGUGCAGAGUGAUCCCAUCUAAGGAGCAUCUGAAUGGUCCCUUGCCUGAGCCCUUCACCAAUGGGGAGAUACAGAAGGCGAACAGUCGUGAAACCCUGGCCGAGACAGCCUCGGAGAGCCCCAGGCCAGCCCUGGCGAGAUCCACCUCCAGCGAUACCAGUGAGGAGCUAAAUUCCCAAGAUAGCCCCAAGAAACAGGACUCCACAGAGCCCUCACCUACCUCCUCCUCUGACCCCAUCUUGGACUUCAACAUCUCCCUGGCCAUGGCCAAAGAGCGGGCCCACCAGAAGCGCAGCAGCAAGCGGGCCCCACAGAUGGACUGGAGCAAGAAAAAUGAACUCUUCAGCAACCUCUGAGUACCUGUCCACCAGCUGCCAGCCCCCUACCCACCCUCCUCCCCCAUCCCCCAUCUGCCCACCAAUCAACGUUCAAAUCAGCACCAGCGUCUCCCUUGAUGAAUCUGAUUUCCCUAGAAACUUUGUUCUUCCCUUAUCUUAGGGAAGGCAAAUGUUUUUCUGUCCUGUUCCAAUCACAAAGCAGAUUGUUUCCCCUUCCUGAGGACUUCUCCUACCAGUUGUCCCCUUGCCACACUGCUUGGGACAUCACUGGUACCCAUGCCAAGCAAGGAUUGUGGGGCCAGGCCACAGGCCGUCCUCCUUCAUAACCCCAAGUGAUGGCUGGGUCUGGGGUCAAGCAGGAAGCUGACUAAGCAGCCUCUGCUCAUGAUGGACAGGACACCCAUCCUGGGAGCUGCAGCUUGGGCAUCUUUUAUUUGAUUUUUUUUUUUUUUUUUUUUUUUUUAAGAGUACAGUACUGCAGAGUUUAGAGGGAUUUUUGUUUCUUUGAUUCUCAUGAUUUUCCUGGUUGUUGCAUCUGGAACAUGGCAAUAGCCUCAGCCUUAAAUUUUUGUUUUCCCCACUCAGACACCUGGGCAGCCUUGGGAGGGCUUGGCUGCCUGCUGCCCAUCUUUGAGCCAGGCACCACCACUGUAAGGAGACUCCUUCAGAAAUUCAGCUGAUUUCUCC